AUGGUCAAGCUAGCGGCAGCCCUCUUCAACUUGGCGAUAGGCCAGAUGGCUGGUCUCGCACAUGCGGCAGCUCAACUCAACGGAACCGUUCACCCGAGUUCCUCGCGCUCGCCUAAAGAUAGAGCCAACGACCUUCUGCAGCUUUUGACCUGGGAAGAGAAAGUUGGUCAGCUGGGUGGCAUUCGACGACUUGCUGAAAGGGUCAAUGGCCAGCUAUCAUACAACGAAACAUCUUUUGAAGAGAUCCGCCAGACACAGAACGGACAGAUCGGCUUCGGUGCUCCUCAGAACUAUGCACAUGAGUUGUUGCCAAUUGCCAAUAAGGUUCGAGCGGAGCAGAUCAAUAACACGCAGCACGGUAUUCCAUACAUUACCAUCGCCGACUCUGUCAAUGGCUUGAUGAUCUCAGGUGGCACCCUAUUCCCGGGCGCGAUCUCCCUGGGCUCAACGUGGAACAUCCCGCUUUAUGAGCAAGCGAUUGCUGCCAUUCGUGACGAAAAUAUGGCAGUUGGCAUCCAUUGGAUUCUUUCGCCUGAGGUGGACCUUGCAAGGGACCCAAGAAAUGGCCGCAAUGGCGAGAUGUUCGGCGAAGACCCUUAUCUCGUUGGAGAAUUUGCCACUCAUUAUAUCAACACAAUGCAAGAGAAGGAUGAGAAUGGCUUUGUCAAGGUCGCUACAACGAUCAAGCACUGGGUCUAUGGCUCCAGUAGCGGUGGCGUCAAUGCAGCCAGCAUGCAAGGUGGCAUAAACCACAUCCUCAAUGGUCUCGGUGCCCCGUACGUUAAGGCUAUUAAAGAGGCUAACCCCCUUUCUCUCAUGGUUUCGUACGCAAGUGUGGACCAGAUUCCGAUGUCCAGAAACAAAUACCUCAACAAGGAGGUGCUUCGGGGCUUGUUGGGUUUUAAAGGUUUGAUCAUGUCAGAUGCAGGCUCUAUUCGGAACAUGUACACGCAGUCCAAGGUGGCCAAAUCUUUUGCUGACGCCGGAUUAAAAGCCCUCCGAGGGGGGCUAGAACAUGAGCUUUCACCUCGCCCUCCAUCUGUCUUUCCCACUCUCAUUGAUUUUGUCAACAAUACAGAGAUUGCAGGGCUUAUCAACGAAGCAGUGCAAGCAAUCUUGGAAAUCAAAUUCGCAACUGGCACAUUCGAUCUUCCUCUUCCGUCAGUUGAGAGCCUCAAUGCAACUCUCCGAAGUGAGAAGCACCUUGAGGUCAAUCGAAACAUUUCACGCGAAGCAAUUGUUCUUCUUCAGAACAACGGCGUACUGCCGCUCCAGAGACGUAAUGUGUCUCGCAUUGCACUUCUUGGCCCAUACGCGGACAUCCUUAAUACUGGACAAUACGCUGCCAAUAACGCCUCUGACCCCUCUUAUGGCAAAACCAUUCGCCGUAGUCUGGAACAAGAACUUGGAGCUGAGAACGUCAAGUUUGUCGCAGGCGUUGACAUCCUGGGCACCAACAAUAGUUCUGGUAUCGAUGAGGCUGUUGCCGCUGCCAAGGAAGUGGGACUUGCCAUCGUUGUUCUUGGGUCGGGCUGGGGUUCUUUCGAUAACUCCUACGAGUCUCUGCACCGAACUGAUGGUGAAGGUUUCAGCCAUCCCGACCUCGGAUUCCCUGGUCUGCAACAAGAACUCUUGGAUGCAGUUCUUGAUGCCGGCGUUCCAACUGUUCUAGUGCUCAGCGGUGGCCAGACAUUUCUGCUCAAUGAAUCUAGCAAGCGGUCGAAAGCUAUCCUCCACACAUGGCUUGCAGGAGAGUUUACUGGUGACGCUCUUGUAGAAAUUCUUUAUGGGAUUGUCAAUCCUAGUGGCAAACUCACCAUUACCUUGCCUGAAGCCGAGGGCGCCUUUCCCGUUGCAUAUGACUACUUCCCUUCAGAUGACGAAGGUGGUUUUGGCACUGCGACCGAAUAUGACUGGCAUUUCCCCGAAUUGACUCGGUAUGCCCCUAUCAGAUUCGGCUUUGGACUGAGCUACACGACUUUCAACAUCGCUUCGCCUUCUUUGACAUGUCAAGGUAUUGGCAGCAACAACAACAGUUCAGGACCGUGCGACAAGGGUAGUAAGCUGACCGUUACUGUCGUUGUAAGCAACACCGGCGACGUUGCUGGGAAAGAAGUUGUGCAGCUAUAUUACCGUCCUGAGUACACCCAAAUCGAAUUUCCCGUCAUGAAGCUCAUACGGUUUAAGAAGGUUGACGUCGCGCCUGGCGAGUCGAAGCAAGUCAGCUUGAUUGUGCCGUAUGAGGAACUUGGUUACUUUGUCGAUGGAGAGUGGGUAAUUGAGACCGGACUCUAUAACUUCUGGGUGGGAAGUAGUUCAAGAACAGAAGACUUGCAGAGUUUGAAUGCGACUUUGGUCUGA